GUUCCAAUCCCAUCAAUUAUAUGUUGUGUAUUUAACCCUCUGUUCCCCCUCAUGUCCUUGUUGGUGAUCGUUUAUUGUAAGUGUAUGUGUACGUCUGUACUGGUGUGCGGCAGGUUGUUACCCAUUGAUUUUUAUUAUGUUUUCCGGUGGGUUUUUGGUAAAUAAACUGCGCCGUUGGAAACAGUUAUUUCUCUCCUGCGUCUGACUUCUCUGCCGCCAGUUCACACCCUUACACAAGGUGUUCGCUGGACCGGGGAAGGCUCAAGGACUUAUGAAACGCUCCCUACAGCACAGCUAAAUGGUGCGGUGUGUGUGUGUUGUAAAGCUGCAGAGAGAGUGAGAAUCUGCUGCCAUGGCGACAGGCCCAGCAGUAUCUUAUAGCAACAGGUUGCUAGGCAGCCUGCAUUGGUAGAUGAGUUGGAAGCUUUUGUGAGUGCAUUUGCAUGUGUGCAUUUGUAAUGGAUUGUUGAGUUCAGAGGAGUAAAUCAAACGCAUCAAGUUACAUUGAGUUCUCUUUGGCCUUGUAGAUUAUGGUUGUUGAUGCUAUUUGACACAGCAUUAAAUCCAGUAAGGUUUUAAUGUCCAUAACAUUGCAAUGGUAGAUUUUUCUCUUUAACCUUUUAAUCUGAAACCUUAAACUUUAAACCCUCAGACUGUUGACAGCAAGCCCACCUCAGAAAUGUUACAAUCGGGUUACUUAUAUUUGCUUGUUGUUUUCUAGAAUUAGAAUUACAUUAUUCCAUUUACUCUAUAUUUUUUUCAGUGACAGACAACAAUGACCAUGUUGCUAUAGAAACAUAGUGACUUCAUCAGCCAGCAGCAACAGGUAAUUGAACAGGUGUUGCUGUAGCUACAGAGUAGGAGAGUUCAGGCUAGUGUGAGAGGGGUGUUACUGUGCAGCAACAUGGAGAUGAGGUACCCAGGCUUCAAGCCUCGCCUGCAGCAUCGUCUGGUCCUGCAGGGCCCUCCGAAAGGUACCGCCCACAAAGCCCAGGUCACCAACUCAUUGGCCACUCCCAGGGAAACAUUCUACUUGCCCCUCCCACCUACCCAACCUCGACUGGAGUUCUUGCACUGGGUGCAAGUGGAGAACAGCGAAGAGCAGGAGAAGAGGUGGAGGGAUAGGGCUGAGAGGGAGCAGCGUAAGCCCCAGAGGGAGGCCAGCCUACCUCCUCCUUCCAGAAUGGGCCCCCAUACCUUGGCACGCUUCUUCUUCCAGUGGAGGGGGAGACCCAGGAACUGGAGCGGGGCCAGGGGGAGCCGAGCAGACUCACCCCAGGAUGUGGACCCUGAGUGGGGGGAGAGAGAGAGGCUGCUCUGGCUCAGUCACCUGAGGGCUCCACCACUGGACAGCAAGGGCAACAUACUGCCCCCUAGUGGCUUUAAACGGCGUGGACGAUAUGGGCCACAGACAGAGGACCCUCAGACAGGAAUGACACACACCUCCACCACACAAAGCCUGCCCCUGCCGCCUCUCCUCAUGCUCCGCAGACACACCCUCUGCUACCGGUUACCUCGGAAACGACCCCCGGAGCACCUGAGUUGCCCCAUGAAGGGCAGAGCAAAGACUUCCUGAACACUCACCCUGACAGUAAAGACUACUGACUAUCUACAUCAUUGUCUGUGUUGCAACCUUCUUUUUGUUUAAUAGAUGGCAGUCCAGUGAACCUUUUCACUGGACUGCCAUCCAGUGAGGGGUUGUUCAAUGGAAAUUCAAUGGAAGUUACAAAGUAAAUGUUUGGGCUGUGGGCCUAAAUCCUUCAUGUGGAUGUAAUCUGCCUCUCUGUGUGGCUAUCAUGACUACAGGGUUUACUGUAAACACAUGUCACUGUGCCUUUUUCUUUGUGUGUUAUGUGUUGAAAAUGAACACAUACUGGCAGAGUGAAAUGGGUCAUCAGGGUCACAAACAGACCGUCAAAUCUGUCUUCAU